AUGGGCGAGUGGGUGGUCAACAAGAGAAUCGCCAGGUGGCCGAUCGAUUGGUGGCCGGGUGGGCGAGUGGGUGCUUCAUGGAUGGAUGAGGUGAUCGGUGGAUGGACAGGUGAGCGAUCAAUGGUCAGCGACCAGUGGAUGGACGAGUUGUGA